UGUUGGUGUUCCCACUCAGCAGGUAAACAUGCACGAAUUUGCAUGGGCCUUGUUCUGUCCAGUGCUUUCAAUCUUCAUUACUGAUGCUCUUCAUCGCUGUAAUGUUUAUAAUAGGGAUCAUAUGUUCGUCUGUUCGUCAACAACGUCGCGUACGGUUUGUUCUUGAUGGUCGAUGAUAUCAAGAAGUCGUUCGCCAAGCAGACUGUCCACGGCGGCGACCCUCUGGUCGUCCCUGGCUCGCUGAUCCAGGCUAAUGCCCCCACUCUGGAGGAGCAGGCCGAUCUCGUUUAUAAGGGACCUUUGACUGCGGCCUACAACCAGGAGGCCUACAUCAGCCAGAACCUCGGCAAUAACGUGGCGACCGAACCCCUGGGCCAGUUGAUCACCUUCAUGCAGGAUCUCCAGAGCUUUAACCCCGUUACGACCCCUGACCCCGUCGGCUACUGGACCUCUCGCCUGGACCUCGACGGAUUCUUGCGCAACAUGGCUCUUGAGUAUCUCAUGGGUGGCUUUGACAAUUACUGGAUGGCUGGUUCCAACUACUUCAUCUACUUCAACCCCACGCUCGGCGGAUCCGGCAAAUGGCAGUGGAUCCCAACUGAUUUCGAUGGCACAUUCGGUAACGGAGAUUCAAUCGAUUCCAAGGGCUCGUACAAGGCCUUGUAUAACUUCCAGCAUGACCAUCCCUUGGUCUCGAAGUUGAUCAUCAAUAACACGCAAAUCAAUGCUCAGUUCACUCAGAUUCUGAAGGAGAUUGUCAGCACUGCGUUCAAGCCCGAGGCUAUGAACCCCCACAUUGACUCUGUUCACAAGAUGAUCUCGCUGGAUGCCCAGUGGGACCUUACUCUGCCCCGCGUGUCGCCCGGAAAGGAUUUGAAGUUUACCUUUGAUGACUUUAACAAUAACUUGGUCAACGUCACCAAGGAGAUGAAUGCAGCCUUGAAGCCCUGGAUCGCGGAUCGCGCCAGCUCUAUUGCCACCGAGCUCGCAUUCACGGUCCCUGCAGGAACCGCGGAUCGUGUUGCUCCUCCUCCCCGCGGCAAUGGCAAGGACGACGAUGGCGAUGACAACGAUGCUAAUGGUGGAGGUGCCUCCGGCAAGAACGAUGCAGGCUCCUUGGCUGCAACUAGCCUGUCCGCCGUUGUGGCCAUUGUCUCCUGUUUGAUGUUCUUGGCUUAAAGAAAGGGCCCCUUCUUUUAAUACCCUUGGUGGUAAACCGUGCCGAUAAUACAGAUCCUUUUCCCUGUCAUUCUCAAUGCCUCACUCAUAGAUCAACUCUUUUCACUCAUGUCAUAAUUCUCAUUUAUACAUACUUUGCAACAUAUCAUAAACUGUCAAACAAUCGAAACUAGCGCGUCAUAAGACUACAACCUGAGGUGGAGGGUCUGGCAGCCAUCGAACGUACCGAGCAUUCGAUGAUGUCUGUAGAAAUAAUAAUGACACUAUUCAAUAAAAAUUUAAACAUGGAAUUUGUGCCAGCUUCCAUAACUGCAAAC